AAAGUCUGACAUGUAUUCAGCACUGAGCCAAGAAGAGCUGGAUGCAGUCAUUGGAGAAAUCCAACAAAGUCACCCAAAUACAGGAUACAGAAUGAUGAAAUCCUUCCUUCGAGCCAGAGGACUGCUGGUGCAGACAACAAGAGUACGGGACUCCUUAAGAAGAAUGGACCCGAUUGGGACUGAAGUGCGAGCGUUAGCCAAUCGCACACUAAGGCGGAGGCAAUAUUCUGUUCCUGCACCAAAUGCAAUGUGGCACAUUGAUGGAAACCACAAAUUAAUACGCUGGAGGUUUCUUGUCCAUGGUGGCAUUGAUGGCUUCAGCCGUUUAAUUGUUUAUCUGUCUGCUGCAACAAACAACCGAGCAGCUACAGUGUUGGAGGCCUUCAUUGGUGCAGUCAACAAAUAUGGUCUGCCAUCACGUGUGCGCUCUGACAAGGGUGGUGAGAACAUCGAGGUUGCCCAGUUCAUGGUGGAAUCCAGAGGAGAGAACCGGGACUCUCACAUUACUGGAAGGAGUGUUCACAACCAACG